GUAGUUCAUAACACGCACUGCUAAUGUGUUAGUAAAAAAUGUAUAAAAUAUUUAUAAUUUUUUGUAUUUUAUGUGAAGUGUAUACUCAAAAUGAGUACGCUUUAAAUAUUUUACACUACAAUGAUUUUCAUGCUAGGUUUGUAGAAACGAGUCCAUCUGGAGGAGUUUGUAAUCCAACAGUAGCACCAUGCAUUGGAGGCUUCGCCCGCUUAGCAACUGUUGUAAGAGAGGCAAUGUUAAGGGAACCAAGCUCUUUACUCCUUAACGGAGGUGACAGCUUCCAGGGAACGAUUUGGUAUAACUUGCUAAGAUGGAAUGUCACACAAGAUUUUAUGAACAUGUUACCACAUGAUGCUCAUGUUCUAGGAAAUCAUGAAUUCGACAACGGUAUUGAUGGUGUCGUACCCUAUUUAAAACAUUUAGAUUCAAAAGUGGUAACAGCAAAUAUAAUUGAUGAUUUAGAGCCCUCUAUACAAGGCUUGUAUUAUCCUAGUAUUGUCGUAGAACGGGCCGGAAGAAAGAUUGGAAUAAUUGGUGUUAUUAUUUCUUCAACCAAAGAACUGGCGUCUACUGGACAAUUGCAAUUUACAGAUGAAGUGGAAGCUGUAAAAGCAGAAGCAGAAAAGUUACAUCAUGAGGGAGUUAAUAUUAUUAUAGUUUUAUCGCAUUGUGGACUUGAUAUCGAUAGAGAAAUAGCACUACAUGGCGGGCCACACAUAGACAUCGUAGUGGGUGGUCAUAGUCACACACUGCUGUACAAUGGUGUGCCACCAGAAAGUUCAGGAUUUGUAGCCCAAGAACCAUAUCCUGUGAUAGUUGAACAACAGACAAGGAAGGUUUUGAUUGUCCAAGCGGCUGCACAUACACAAUAUUUAGGAGAAAUAAAGUUAUUUUUCGAUGACGAUGGAAAUCUAUUGAGAUGGGAAGGUAAUCCCCAUUUUAUUGGAAACGAAAUCGAACAAGCUCCCGAUGUGUUGGCAAAGAUAAAUACAUACCUACCUGAUAUAACGGAGAGAGCUACCAAACAGAUAGGAACUUCUAUGGUCCAUAUGUCUUCCAGAUGUGCCUGCUCCGAAUGUAAUUUAGGAAGUUUUAUAUGUGACGCAUUUAUGGAUGCGGUUCUAGAUAAAGCAGAAGGAAAUAAUUGGCAUUAUGCUGAUUUUUGCAUAAUUAAUCAAGGCGGCAUACGAGUAGAUUUGGAACCUGGAUUGAUUACGUUUGAGACGGUGCUAUUAUCGACGCCAUUUGAGAACAACGUCGAGGUAUUUGAUCUAAGAGGAGACCAUAUAAUGGAAAUGUUAGAAUUUUCUGUAGCAAAUGUACCAUAUCCUGGUGCUAGAAUGUUACAAGUAUCAGGUAUUCAAACUACAUUCAAUGGUUCUCGGCCUGUUAACGAGCGGGUAUUAGAUGUUAAUGUUCGUUGUAUAGACUGUGACGUGCCUCGAUACAAACCGUUAGAACUUAAUAGAUACUAUAAAGUUAUAUCACAAAGCUUUAUUGGCACUGGAGGUGAUGGAUUCUCAAUGAUUUCGGAAAAUAGAAGAAACGUGGAAGUAGUUGGAGUGGAUUAUGAUGUACUAGUGAGGUAUAUCGAGAAAGUCAGUCCCAUAUUCAUAGACGUGGAUAGACGGAUACAAAUCGAACAACCAUGUGUAGUUUAA